AUGAAUUCGGCUGAAAGAUCGUUCACCAGAGCUCCCAGGUCCUCUGACUCGGCGGAGGCACGCGAUUGCGUAGGUGGUCUGGUCUCCCCAGUUGGCUUGGGCUUGCUUUUCUGCGUGGAUGGGGUCGCUGGUUUUGGUUGCUGUGGUGGUUCUGCUGGUUGCGCUGGCAGUUCCGGAGUGCUUGUGGAGGCCCCAAAGUCGCCGUCCAAGUCGAGUAAACUGGAACUGGAGACGCUGGGUGGGGGGUUUGGUUGCACAUUAGCCGCCGACGGCUUGGAGUCAAAUACAUCAAACAGUUUUUCGAAAUCAUCUUUCUGGGAAACAUUAGCCAUGCAUUUGAUGUACACUUUAGGGCCAGACGGCAAGCGCGUUUACACUUUGGAGAAGGAGACUUCGAGUGGGGAGAUCACCAAGUCCGCCCACCCGGCCAGAUUUUCUCCGGACGACAAAUACAGCAAGCAGAGAGUGACUUUGAAGAAGAGAUACAACAUGUUGCCUACCCAGUAA